AUGAAAACUUCUUCGAGUUACUGCUUACCUGUCCUUGCAUUGCUUCUAAAUCGUGGGCAACUAGCAGAUGCCUCAAAGUCGUCUGAGAAUGUAAACAACAACGACACCAAUCCUAGAAUGGAAUAUGCGAAUGGUAAUCCCAAGUCCAAGACAACAAGCAAAAUCAAAGGAACGGAAAGUGGUCAUCUAGAAGAUCAGCGUGAACUACAAUACUCGGCAGGGCCCCCACGGAAACAACCAGCAGCUCAGACACCUCCUACCACCAAUUCAAAAGGAGACUUGAUCAUUCCACAUGAGGCAAAGUGGCCACUUUCCACGUCAACGACGACAUGGGAGCAGGGCAUGUUGUCACCAACAGAAGCUCCUUCGGAAACGCCUAGUGAAAUGCCUAGUUUCUCGCCUACCAAGAUUGCAAGCGCGACUCUUGCUGGCUUGAGCUACAUUCCUGGAAAGUUAAACAACUAUCAGAACGGAUUACUUCUGAGUGAAGGAUUACAGAGUCGAAUCAUUGCAACUUCCAUGGAAAAGGUUGAGCUCGCUGAUGGGACCUAUUCACGUUUUGGUUUUCACGAUAGUCCCGAUGGCGCUGCCGUCUUUGCGGAUCCCGAGAGUGGUGGAUGGAGUUACGUCAGCAACUCGGAACGAGAAAAUGGCGAUGGUGGUGUAGGAGCCAUUGUUUUCAAUGCGGAUGGAGAAGUUGUGGGAUACAAACACCUUCAAGUGGGAACAUCUUACAACUGUUCGGGCGGAAAAACACCAUGGGACACAUGGGUGUCGUGCGAAGAGCACGACUAUGGACGGAUUUGGCAGGUGGACCCCACUGGACUCCGCCCCCCGGAAGAAACUUCGAUGAGUGCCACCCUUGGUAAAUUUGAAUCCUUUGCCUACGACAUUCGUAAUUUUGACAAGCCACAGUUCUUUGUCACGGAGGAUAACACUUAUGGUGCACUGAGACGGUUCACUGCUUCCAAUCCCAACUGGGAUGAUCCCUGGUCUAUUUUGCAUGGAGAGGGUGUUUUGGAGUAUCUAGUGUUGUUGCCAUCCACUGGAGAUCGAUGGGACGAAGAAGGAACCUACUACUGGACGGAUGAUUUGGACGCCGCCAAAUCAAACGCCAGAAGUUUCUACAUGCAUACGGAAGGAUUGGAUGUGUACCACAAUGAACUAUUCUUGGCAUCCAAGGUGCAAUACUCUUUGUUCAUAUUAGAUUUGGACAGCGACACCUACAAACGCUUCCCCACAGAUGUGGGUCUCUUUGAUGGCCAGCCAGACCAAAUGAAGCGACUCAUUAGGGAUGGCAAUGUCGAAACCAGCAGCACGUUUGAUGUCAAUGAACCGGAAGAAGAACCCCUUUUGUAUUUCUGUGAAGAAUUGGGCGACUCCCAAGGGAUUCAUGCUCGGGAUGCCAACAAUUGGUAUUACACUAUAUUGGAAUCGUCGGAAUAUGGCAGAGAGACGACUGGAUUGGCAUUCUCUCCCGAUGGAAAGCACAUGUACUUUUCGUUUCAAUGGGCAGGAGUCAUCUUUGAUAUUUGGCGAGACGACGGCUUGCCCUUUUAUGGAAAGACCCUCGAUGUUCACUACCAUCAUCGACCGGACGAGAAUGAUGAAGCAGCAACUCGAGGAGGCCGAGACAUGUGGUCGUAA